GCCGUACAAAGGGCAGUGAAACGAGCCUUAAAGAAGGAACGAUAUCGACAACGUGUGUUUGGGCAUGGUGGAUUGUGAGUGAGUCUUUUCUCGAAGAGCUCAUAUCGGAGUGGCUGAGUGGUAGCUCAUUGCUCAAUACUUGUUGGUUCUUGUUGGUUGGUUGGCUAAUGUUGGAGAUCAUAGGGAUUGUUAGUCCCGAGACUUUGUCCCUGUGAUCGCGCCUCAUUCUGAGCUCGUACGUUGAUGCGGUGUCAUUUCUGAAUUUUUGGAUGGAGGCUUGAAUAGGAUGUGGGAUUGUGCCCUGUCGUCGUUGGACUCACGCUCCUCAGACAUGUGCCGUUCCAAAUCAGUUUGCUCAGAGAGCGAAUGAGUGUUCCAAUUGACGGCCACACUCCACACCAGACCAGACGAGACGAGGGCGGGAAGGAGGGCGCUCGAGGCACUUUUGUAUUGUCAAGCUGUAUGUGGCAGGCCUGGCCAUGAUGCUUGGUGGAAGGCUCACGUACUUCUCGAGCUUUAGUAGGCCCACAUGGGAAGGCUUGUGAAUGAACAAUGUGACGGAAAACUUGACGACAACGCCGUCGACGCGCGGACGACGCUCCUCUGAGCUCUCGUUUCUUGUUGGGUGUGCAAAUGUGGGAAAAAGCCUUUCCCAAAGUCUUCAGUACAAGCAGAUAUCGCCAAAGAGUAGCACACGUGUUGAGAGCUGCAGAAGGUUUCAGAUCACAUACAUAGAACUUGAACUACGUCUUGAGCUUGAGCUACUGAAGGUGUCCCUUCGUACACACCUGGAUACACAUCAUACACACUACUUCCUAGCACCACUACUCCGAACGACGUCGUCAGAUUUGGACUGUUGUGAUAGAAGUCUACAUACCGAUUCCUUUUUCAAAAGUGGACGAAUCGCGUCGAUCUAGAUCGAUUCCAAGUUUCCCAGUUUACCAGUUUACCAGUUUCCCCCCCCCGGCCCCCUUCUCCCCCACACGAAAGUGUCAUUUUUUGAACCAGAGAUUACUGCCAGAGUGUGUCGUGAGUGUCCGAGAAGACCGGUGCGAAGAAGGCUUGUGGGUCGAUUAGGGACAUAAUCAAACCCUCAUCCGCGUUCAACGCCUUUGCCCGUAUUUCCAACGAGCGAGUGCUAGCUUUCGAACUCCAAAUUUCGCCCUAUCUCUCUACGUCCUUUACGGAAUACAUUUCUUUCUGCACCCUCGACUGCAGCUUCUACGACUACUACUUCUCUUCCUAUAACAAAUACUUCUACUAAUCAAUCAAUCCAACACAAACAAGUGACCGACACUAACGGACAACGCACGGGCGGACCAAUCAAAGGGCCCGUACUUCAUCACUAAUUCACAAUUGAAGGUCAAUCCUCAGUCCGGAGCCAAGUGCAUUGGACCCACAAUGCACCCCACCUAGAGUGUACUCCCGAUAUCAUGGAGCGCUUUGACGAGAAAAUCCACCAGAAUCUAUCCCUGAAGAACAUAUCCUGUGCGGCCAACACGCCCACGGAUCGUGAGCGUGAGCAAGGGUCCAGUCCAGAUGCCAGUGGACAAGUCCAAAGUCUCUCCUUCCACACCACGGCUGGGGCUUAUUUCCGGGCUCACCAGCAACAGGAGAAGCGACAAAUGCAUCAAAACAACCAACAUCACCAACAACAACAACAACAGCAGCAGCAGCAGCAGCAACAACAACAACAGCAACAACAACAAAUGCAUCACCAACCCUCUCUUCAAGACCCUGCUCCCACGCCCCCACCCCCCAAUCGGCCCAAGACCGAGAUGGAAUCCCUCCUAGAACGACAUUUCCACAACAGAUCCCCGAGUGCCCAAAGUGUGCGGAGCGGAUUGAGUGCCCAAAGUACCGAAAGUGAGAGGAGCAUCCGAUCCACGCAUAGUGAUUCUGGCCUCGGAUCCGGUGGGAGUGGUGUAAUGAGUAGCAUGGGCAAUACCAGCUCAGGCUCGCACAAUUCCAGUCACCAAUCCCGACGAAAGAAGACCUGUCAUGAGGAUCCCAUGUCCCAUCGGAUCAUCGAGAAACGGAGGCGCGACCGAAUGAACAACUGCUUGGCCGACCUCUCACGUUUAAUCCCCAAAUCGUACCUGAAGAAAGGACGAGGCCGCAUUGAGAAGACCGAGAUCAUUGAGAUGGCCAUUAAGCACAUGAAUCAUCUCCAACUUCAUUCCAGUUGCAGGAGCAUAGAAAAAUGUGAAUUGAGCCGCAGCAAUGGUUUGGUCACCGACUCCAAGGGCUCUUCCUCGGCUUUGAAGGAAGCGGCCAAAGACGCUGAUAUUGGGGGAAAAUCCGGAGUCUCCAUGGAGAAGCACGUGGAGAGCUUUCGCAUUGGAUACCACGAGUGCUUGAGCGAAGUGAUGCACUUUAUGGUGGAGAAGGAGGGACUCUAUUCAGGCGAUGCCUUGUGCGUUCGUGUAAUGAACCAUCUUCAACGUCAUUACGAAAAGCUUAAUCGAGUCAAACCCCCACGACAAGCGUCCAAUCGCUAUGCUGGCCUUCCAUUCAUUCGGGGCUCGUCCUCCUCAAACAGCUCGUCCUCAUCCUCGGCUCCAUUCACGUCGGGCUCACAAGCUCUGCCGGGUAUGGGACAUCCAGGAAGCAGCCUUCAUCAGUCGCAAAUGGAAUCUCAUGGCUCGAUGUCAAGGCCCAACAGCAUGAUGAGUUACCAGAUGAACUCCGAAGGGGGAUCCCUGUCGGCCUCUGACUCAGACUAUGGCAGCGUUAGUCGGCCUUCGGACUCCUCCGAGUUCAGCUCUCAGCCUUACUUGAAACCCAAGGCUCUCUCUGCCGCUCCUACGAAAGACCGAGCUGACUCCAACCUGGUGGGAGAGACAGCUGACAGUGUUCGAUCCUACAGUCCGUCCUACGAAAUGGAAGACGAUCAAAGCCCGGAUUGCCAAUCCAAGGCUCCGGCAGAUCAGCCCGAAAAUCUAAGCUUGGACAAUGGCAGCUUUGUAUCAUCUCACCCCGAUCUCGAUCGUGACCAUGCAGGGUGCUACAAGUUCAAGGAGACCAUUCGUCAGAGGUUCAGUGAUGAGUACGGCACCGACGAUGAGGUACACCGAAGCAAACGAGCUCGCCUAGAGUCUACGGGCGAGGCCCCCUUAUCCGUGGACCACGAGAUCAAACAUGAGCGGAAAAUUGAAGAGGAAGACUCCAUGCCGAGCAGUACUGGAGAGUUUACGAGUGGCAACACCCAAGGGGGCCCUCUGGGCAUGCUUUCGUAUGCCGCUUCCACCUUGGAGACUCACAUCAACGAGACCCCUCCUCGCAGACCGCCCCAUGUGGGCCCAUUUCUGUCUCAGCCCUGUUCGUCCCUCCCCAGUCCUCAACACGCCUCAAAAGGACGGUCUAACCUGACGGCCGGAAAUGUCAACAAACCCCGAGUACCUAUUUUUGCCCUUCACCCCCGAGGCACCUAUUACAUCCCGUUGUCAAUCGACCAUUCGCUGAUUGCACCCUACCUGGUUCUCCAUGGGAAUAUGGACGAGCCGACCAAGUCUAGUCAGCCCUCCUCUACCCUCUCGAGCGGAUCUCCCUUGGUCCUCCACCCGAUUACUAUCAAUGUAAACUUUUGUGGUCCGUUCCAAUCCGUCAUAUCACUAGGCCAUCCCAUGACUUUUCCCGCGCCCACGUCAGAACAUGGCGCCAGACACUCGGCCAUGUCGGAAUCUCAGUCGGGCCAGAAUCCGGGGAGCGUCGUCAUGUCCACACCAUCGGCGGUGAACACUUUCCCAACAACCACUCACCGAACCUCCAGGACUGUUUCAGAACCCGUUCCACAAUGGCGAGAGCGGUUGGACCAGAUCCUGAGUCCCAAUAAGCCGAUGCACCUUUCGGGGAAUGGAGGAGGGCCCAGCGAGGCUCAGCUGGGGAAAUGAGUCGCCCGUGGUCUUUGUCAGAGGAACCAACGUCAAUCAAUGUUGCUUGUCGUGGAACAAAAUGCUCAAAUGGAACGAAACACCUGCGUUUGAUUCUUGAGGAACAGCUUUCAUUCUCUUUUUUUCCACCCUCCCUCACUCAUUAUUACUCUUCGAAUCCGUACUAACCAGAAAAUUGAUGCUUCGAGUGAAUGUCAGUGUCGUCCCCAAAAUACGGUUUUCUUUGUUUGUUUCCAAUCAUGAAGCAAGAUUGAGAUCUUCAUGAAGAUGAUACUCCUGGUGAAAAAAAGAGAAUUUUAUUCCACCCCAUUUGAGGGACAAUGAUUUUGGGUAAGAAGAAGCCAGAUCCUAACCUGACGUACGUAUAAUGAAUCUAAAUCAAAAGAAUGACGCCCUCCCUCGUCUCCAAACUUCAGUCAGUCGACUCGAGUCCUACUAUUUUGUUUCACAAAUGUUCAAGCCUUGUUGUAACCUUCUUAAGUUUUGCAUUCAUGUUCAUUGUUCCAAAUUACUAUCUGAAACGAUUUCUCACCUUGUUUGCAUGACAAGGACUGCACCAUUAUUUACAGAAGAUGAUGAAGAAAAAAAAACAAUCGUAAAGUUAGGCCCACUACUACUACAACUACAACUACUACUAUUCCUUGUAUUUUGUCAAUUUCAAUUUCGAAUUGAUCGAUUACCACUAUGAUAUAUUUUGGUGAAAUACAAAAUAUCUAUAUUCUGUUUCAA